UCCCUGCUCCUUAGGUGCAACAUCAUGCGACAGUGCCUGUGGGAUUGCCUUAGGAUAGCCACAACAUUUAGAGCCAGAUGUCAGAGGAAUCAACCAACCUUAGGGAUCCUGAGACGAGAUCCCUCCUGGCAGAUUUGUAUCAGUUGGUGUGUGCUCGGCCUAUGGAGGACAAAGAAUUUGUCCAAGAUCACCUGCUGAAUCACAAACACCUACUGGAUGAAGACAUUGGAUUCUGGUGUGAUAGUAGCCAGAGCUGGUGCCAAGCAGGCCCGAAGUUUGAGUUCUACCCAACUCACGAACUUGGCUGUGUUGAUGCCAAAUUUUCCUCUUGCCAUACGGCAGCUUUUGUAGAAUGUAUUCGCCAAGGGAACUGCUCAUGUAAGCAGAACAGUAGGUUGUCUUCUCGCUCAUUUGGCAAGGAGAUAUGGGUGGGGGUGAGAUUGAUUCAUCUGGCAGUCAGGUUACGGGAGGCGUGGCUUGUGGAGUUUCUCCUAGAUCAUGGGUGCCAUCCGAACCCCACCACACCCCUGAACAAGUUAAGACCACUGUAUAUCGCAGCCCGUGUAGGGUACCCGGAUAUAGUACAGCAGUUGCUAGCUAGAGGAGCAACGAUUUUCAAAGAGGACUUACCGACACCAGACGAAUGUGGCAGGACACAAGAUGACAAAAACAACCUCUUGCACCAUGCUCUGUCAUUGAUUGCGCUGGAUGCUCUGCCAUUAGAUGAGAAACGCAUGCAACAAAGUCUUACAUUCAAGCUCCUUGUCAGAUCAGGUAUUUGGGAUGUGGACCAUAGAGAUUGCAACGGUGAGACAGUUUUGAUGUCAGCCGUUGAGAGUGAAAUGGUGGAAGAGGUGGAAGUGUUGUUGGAUGCAAAUGCUGAUCCCAAUUUGUUGUGCGAUGCAGGCUUCUGUCCCCUGUUCAGAGCUGUUGAUCGUGGAAAUUAUGCCAUUUCUUCAGCGUUAAUUGAAGCCGGAGCAGACGUCAACUACGCAGUUUGUAAUAAAGUGACACUUCUCCAGGCUGCAGUUGAGGAUGGAUUUUCCAAAAUAGCCGAACUUCUUCUGCAGAAUGGAGCCGAUCCAAACUUUGUACCAAGCGGAUCUCCUCACCCUCUUAUAAUGGCGAUCUGCGACCGCGACUCUAAAUGUGUUGAUGCUCUAAUAAAGCACGGUGCUGACGUAAACGCUCGCAGAGAAGACGGGGUCACUGCCCUCCACCUUGCAGCGUUCUACGGGGGCAGCGAAGAGUCAAUACACCUGUUAUUGAAGCACGGAGCUGAUCCGCACGCCCGGGACAUCCGUCAAAGCACGCCUAUUCAUUUUGCCACGUACAGCGGUAACGUUGCUGGUGUUCUUGAACUUUUAAAGUUCAACGCCAAUCCAGAAGUCUUCAACUGCAUCAGGGCAUCACCACUCUGGUAUGCAGUUGCCAUGCAACGGGGAUGUAUCGUGCAGACGUUGCUCGAGCAAAAGGUUACCAUGGAAACAAGCAGUUCCGGCGAUGAACCAGGGAGUGAAUACAUAGGGAAGAUUUACCCGAGUGAGAAAUCAGUUUUAUGGGUUGCAGUAGAGAGGAGCUGCCCACAGGUCGUGAAAAUGUUGCUAAAAGCUGGCUACAAUAUAUGGCAGGAGCAUUGGCUUGUAGAAGGCAAUACCGAAGGUUUUGACAAGGAUGGUAGUAUGGAGAUAUUUCGCGAACUCCAAGAUGCGGUGAAGGAAAUGCCAAGUCUACUGUGUCUUUGUAGAUUCUUCUUCAGAAGUCGAUUCGGACCAAAGCUUCGUAUCAUUGCAGAGGAAUUCCUAUUGCCACAGACCCUCAAAGACUUCCUUCGAUGAUCGGGCACGAUGGUUUCUAAAAU